AUGGAGACCAUGAUCAAGUCCGUGCUGCGCAUCGUGCAGUUCCUUCUCGUCCUGCUCACCACCGCCCUCGUCGGCAAUGUCAUCGCAAGCAACGUCACCGGAUCUGAAUCCGCUAUUAACUUUAUCAUGUUCGUGUGCGCCCUCUCCUGGAUUGCCAUCAUCUAUGGUCUGGUUUCGCACUUCGUUGCCGCCAUCGCAAUCCCCGUCGUAGCCCUGGCUCUCGAUAGCGCCGCGACUCUCUUCACCUUCAUCGGUGCCAUUGUCUUCUCCGCAAAAUUACAGGCAGUGAACUGCUCCAAUAUAGGACACAAAACCAGCGACUAUAUUGCAUUUGGUUCAGGAGAUACCGAGAAGCGAUGCCGUGAGAUCCAGGCUAGCACUGUAUUCUUAUGGUUUCUCUUCGCCGCCUUCGCCGCUAGCCUCUUCUUUGUCUUAAGAGAGCUCCGGCGCGGCGGUGGUUCCGUUCGCGGUCCUAAUAUGUCCCAGAUCGGCGUAUAG